GGACGCAAGUGUGGACCCGAUGGCCAGUUUGUGGAUGACGAUGUCCCUCCCUUUCCACUCCCACCCCGAGCACUCAACGACUGGGCUCCCUUUCGCAACCGAGUCGAAUUCGAGACGGCAGACUUCCUUUAUCGGCGCUCCCAGGCACCUGCAGGGGAAAUCGACGAACUCAUGGACCUUUGGGGUGCAACGCUGCAAGAAUACGGGGCCCACCCACCCUUCGCCAAUCACACGGAUCUCUACAAAACGAUUGACGCUAUCAAAGCUGGCGAAGUGCCCUGGGAGUCAUUCUGUAUGUCUUACAAGGGUCCAAUGCCAGCACGCGACAUUCCGCCAUGGAUGACCUCAAAAUAUGAUGUCUGGUUCCGCGAUCCGCACACCGUUGUCAAGAAUAUGCUCGCGAACCCUGACUUCAAGGAUAGUAUGGUGUAUAGUCCAUAUCGUGACUUCGACACGUCGGGGUCACGUCAGUGGGAGGACAUGUUUUCCGGAGACUGGGUUUGGAACCAGGCGGACACUAUCGCAGAAGACCCCACCACGGCUGGGAGCACGUUCGUCCCCAUCAUCCUCGGCAGCGAUAAAACAACUGUGUCAGUUGCUACUGGCCACACGGAAUACUACCCGCUGUAUCUGUCCAUAGGUAAUGUUCAUAACACUGUCCGACGCGCACACCGGAACGCCGUGGCCCUCAUCGGGUUUCUGUCAAUCCCCAAAACUAAUCAAAGUCAUGCGGGUGAUCCUGAGUUUCGGCACUUUUGCCGACAGCUGUACCACUCCUCGUUGUCGAGGAUUCUCCGUUCUCUGCGGUCCGGCAUGACUCAAUACGAGGUUGUGCGAUUUGGGGAUGGCUACUUCCGCCGGGUCAUCUACGGCCUCGGUCCUUAUAUAGCGGACUAUCCGGAGCAGGUACUUCUCACAUGUAUCGUGCAAGGGUGGUGUCCGAAAUGCCUCGCGUUUCGGGAUGACCUUGAUGGCUCAGAUGCCGUACAUCCGGUAUUGAACCGGUGCAAAGAACACAACGAGCUCGUUAUUGAUGAGCUCAACCUCGACACACUCUGGGACAACUACGGGGUCAUCGGGAACACAAUCCCAUUCACCAAUGACUAUCCGCGCGCCGAUAUCCAUGAGAUGAUAUCUCCGGAUAUUCUCCAUCAGCUCAUCAAGGGAGCAUUCAAAGAUCAUCUUGUCGAAUGGGUCGUAACCUACUUACACAAGGUUCACCCGAAGGCUCAUGCGCUCCAAAUCCUCGAUGACAUCGACAGAAGAAUUGCGGCUGUUGCCCCAUUCGCGGGUUUACGACGAUUUCCGAACGGGCGUGGGUUUAAACAAUGGACAGGGGACGACAGCAAGGCACUAAUGAAGGUUUAUAUUCCCGCUAUCGAGGGACAUGUGCCCCGUGACGUCGUUCGCACGUUCCGUGCAUUCCUGGAAUUCUGUUACCUAGUUCGGCGUGACGUCAUCAAUGACGAGACGCUGGUCGAGAUCGAGGACGCUUUGGAGCGUUUCCACCGGUAUCGCUCCAUCUUCCAGACCCUUGGCGUCGCAACAUCCCUUUCCCUCCCCCGACAGCACUCCUUAAAGCACUACGUCUUCCUUAUCCGCCAAUUCGGGGCCCCGAAUGGCCUCUGUUCCUCAAUAACAGAGUCAAAACACAUCAAGGCGGUCAAGGAGCCCUGGAGAAGAUCAAGCCGGUUCGAAGCUCUCAAACAAAUGCUCAUCACCAAUCAACGGUUGGAUAAGUUGGCGGCUGCUCGUGUUGACUUUGCCGCACGCGGGAUGUUAAAGCAGCCAUGUGUCGAUGUAGUUAGGGCUCGGAUUGGCAUUCUCUCGCAACGUAACGGUAGCAUAGAGGACGAGGAGGGUUCUGCUAUAGAUGGACGUAUAGAGGCGAAGGUUCGAUUAGGCAGUUCUCCAGCCCGUGGGCGUGCACACACCAUCCCCGCACUCGCCGGCGAGCUCAAGCUCCCGGAGUUUGAUCUGUUUUACCAGGUCAGGUGCUUUUUGUUCGAGCAGCUUUCGCCGUCAUCGGGCGUGGACGUUGUAAACGUCCCCCUCUCUCGUCUUCCUCACCUCCCCCGGACUUCUCGCAUCUUCAUCUACAACUCAGCCACUGCUACUUUCCGCGCGCCCAGCGAUAUAUGCGGGACGGGUGGGAUGCGUUCCGAGCGUAUUCGUUCCACCCUCAACUGGCGGAAUGAAGCUGCUCGCCACGACUGCGCAUUUGUUUCGACAAAUCGCCACACCCCAGGCAUGCUAGGUAUGGAGGUGGUCCGUGUUCUUGCAUUCUUCGGCUUUGACUACAGGUCCAAAUACUACCGGUGCGCGCUUGUCCACUGGCACUCUCGAGUGCAGGACACUCGAGACGAAGACACCGGGAUGUUUAUGGUAACCCCAGACCACAACGACGACGGCACAAGCUUGCUUGCCGUUGUCCAUGUUAACUCCCUCGUCCGCGCAGCCCACCUCAUCCCAUUCUAUGGUGACAAGUUCAUUCCGGAGGGCGCCAAACACUACGAUUCAUACAAUGAUUUUGCCGGGUUCUAUGUCAAUCGGUACGCUGAUCAUCACUUGUUCGAGAUCGCGUAG